UUGGCAACUGUCAAAAUGGCGCCAGCGUCGCUGGUUCCCAAAACAAAGAGAUAUUUAUAUGAAAGAAUAAGUGGUUUUGUCUGCUGAUUAAAAAUGACGCGAUGCUGUGUUCUUAAAUGUUCUGAAAUUGGAGUUCACCACUUUCCUAAGGACGUGAAAAUUCUAAAACUGUGGUUAAAGGCGAUUAGGCGUCAGAAAUUUGAGCCUAAGGAAACUUCGAGGUUAUGUCGACUACAUUUUAAUGAAAAUGAUUAUACAAAUGUUAGCGAAUAUACAGGAGUGAAACAUCAGCGAAGGUAUUUAAAGAAAACUGCAGUGCCUUCCAUUUUUACAUGGAAUACAAAAAAACUUACAGAAGCAGCAAAAGCCAGAGAAGAACGUAUAAGAGCACGUACUUCCCGCAAAGAGUUGUUUCCAGGCCCAUCAUCAUCAUCCAAAGAAUGUGAUAUUUUACCACUAAGUGAGAGUACACAAAUCUCUCAUGAAGUGGAAAUAACUAUGAAAGAAAAUGAUGACUCUACUUUAUCUGAAAGGAAACCUGAAGAAAAAGUGUGCAAUACUAGCAGCACCCAAACUUCAAACAUUUUGAGACUAUUUUCGACAGAAUUGCUUUAUGUUGAUAAUGAGGCUGUAAAUUUUUAUACAGGACUGGAGAGCUAUGCUAAGCUUUCUCUGGUUUUAAGCACGCUUUUGCCAAUGGCAAAUGAAUUAGAAUAUAGAUGGAGUCGUGUGAUUGGGUUAUCAGUUGAAGAUCAAUUUGUAAUGCUGCUCAUGAAAUUGAGACGCAAUAAACCAGAUUUUGAGUUAAGCAGAAUGUUUGGUGUAAGUAAAACUCAAGUCUCAAAUAUAUUAGUUACAUGGAUCAAUUUUGUAAGUGAUUUAUGGAAUUUGAUUGACAUUUGGCCAAGCCGAGAACUUGUCAACUAUUAUAUGCCCGAAUGCUUUCGGAAUCAAUUUCAUUCUACAAGAGUUAUUAUAGAUGGUACAGAGAUACCUAUUCAAAAACCAAGCCAACCUGAUUCACAAAAAGUAACAUUUAGCUCAUAUAAACAUAAGAACACUAUAAAAUUUCUAGUUGGGGCUUCACCUGGUGGUUUAUUGACUUACUGUUCUGGUGCUUAUGGUGGAUCAGCUAGCGACCGACAAAUUGUGGAACGGAGUAACCUGUUACAGCUUUGUGGUGAAGGGGACAGUAUAAUGGCAGAUAGAUGUUCAAGAUUUAUUUGCCCCUAA